AUGAGACAACUUGUCCGGGGCUGUUGCCGGACGUUCAGGUCACCACCUAAGGCCUCCCAAAACCAACUAGGGUUUUCGACGGUGAGCUCGGUGGAAGCUACAGACUCUCCAUUUGACGCAGUCGACAUUGAUGAAUUCCGGAGAUUGGCAUUCACGCCGGGUCAACCUCUUUUCUUUGAACAACCUUCCAACCUCAGUCGUCAAAGCUCCUUCCCGGCAUCUUCGAAAUGGUUCGCUCAAGACGGGGACAUCCAACCUCAAGUCCCCAGCCAGGGACCCAUCACCAAGUUCACUCCUCACGUGGACCGAUUCGCCCACCAUAUGUUUCCUUACGAACUAAUGAGCCCUCAAAUCACCGACAAUUCUGGAGUUUCGGUAAAUACUACGACCCAGUUUCAUACCUGGCUUGCCUCUGGCCCGGAUCCUAUGGGCGCAAUAUUGGCAGGCAUCGUCCACGCAGCCUCCCACCCAGAUGCCUCGGAACCAAGAUUCUCUUCUUUCAUGGCGCCUCUGCUGCUUCUCCUGAAGGCUGCAGAGUUCAACAGUCUGCACGAAAAGAAGAUCAGGCAACUUUACAUAGCCCAGGCUCAACUCCCGGAUCUGCCCCCGGAACUUCAGGAAGACUUGCCCGUCCCACGCAUUGUUUUGGAAGCUGGUAAAGGCGAUGUCUACAAUUCGAGCGUAUGGCUUGGGUUGGAACCGACAUAUACCCCGCUGCACCGCGAUCCGAACCCUAAUCUGUUCUGCCAGCUUGUCGGCAACAAAACCAUUCGCCUGCUACCACCGUUUUGCGGCGAUCAGCUAUAUCGCCGAGUACAGAUCCAGGUUCAUCAGUCAGGGAACAGUCGCAUCAGAUCGACAGAAAUGAUGGAGGGCCGCGAGAGGGUAGCUAUGAAUACAGCCAUUUGGGGAUUGGAAGACCAUAAGGAUAUUACAGAAGCUAAGUUAAGCCCAGGAAAUGCUCUCUUCAUUCCGAAGGGUUGGUGGCACAGUGUCAAGAGUGGACAUCGUGAUGGGAGGUUGAAUGCCUCAGUAAACUGGUGGUUCAGGUAA